GCCGAGCCUGCGCCCCCCGCCGCCGCCGCCACCAUCGCCGCCACCGCCGUCGUCGCCCCCACCUCGACGGUUGCCGUGGCCCCUGUCGCGUCCGCUUUGGAGAAGAAGACAAAGAACAAGGGGCCCUAUAUCUGUGCUCUGUGCGCUAAGGAGUUCAAGAACGGCUACAAUCUCCGCAGGCACGAGGCCAUCCAUACGGGAGCCAAGGCCGGUCGGGUACCCUCGGGUGCCAUGAAGAUGCCCACCAUGGUGCCCCUGAGCCUGCUGAGCGUGCCCCAACUGAGCGCAGCCGGCGGGGGUGGGGGUGAGGCGGCUGCCGGCGGGGGCGCGGCCGCAGUGGCUGCAGGUGGCGUAGUGACCACGACGGCCUCCGGGAAGCGUAUCCGGAAGAACCACGCUUGCGAGAUGUGCGGCAAGGCCUUCCGCGACGUCUACCACCUGAACCGGCACAAGCUGUCGCACUCGGACGAGAAGCCCUACCAGUGCCCAGUGUGCCAGCAGCGCUUCAAGCGCAAGGACCGCAUGAGCUACCACGUGCGCUCACAUGACGGCGCUGUGCACAAGCCCUACAACUGCUCCCACUGUGGCAAGAGCUUUUCCCGGCCGGAUCACCUCAACAGUCACGUCAGACAAGUGCACUCAACAGAGCGGCCCUUCAAAUGUGAGAAAUGUGAGGCAGCUUUUGCUACGAAGGAUCGACUCCGGGCACACACAGUACGACACGAGGAGAAGGUGCCAUGUCACGUGUGUGGCAAGAUGCUGAGCUCAGCUUAUAUUUCGGACCACAUGAAGGUGCACAGCCAGGGCCCUCAUCAUGUCUGUGAGCUCUGCAACAAAGGCUUCACCACAGCAGCAUACCUGCGCAUCCACGCGGUGAAGGACCACGGGCUCCAGGCCCCGCGGGCAGACCGCAUCCUGUGCAAGCUGUGCAGCGUGCACUGCAAGACCCCUGCCCAGCUGGCCGGCCACAUGCAGACCCAUCUGGGGGGGGCCGCCCCCCCUGUCCCGGGAGAUGCCCCCCAGCCACAGCCCACCUGCUGAGGGGGACCCCGCACCCACCAGGUACUGGUGAGGUAUGUCCAAUGGCGGCGGCGGCAGCAGCAGCAGCGGCGGCGGCGGCAGCAGCAGCAGCGGUGGCAGCCCCUCCCACAGCUGUGGGUGCCCUUUCUGGGGCCGAGGGGGUGCCAGUGACCUCUCAGCCACUUCCCUCCCAGCCCUGGUGAGCUCCAGGUUGGUGGGGGGAGAGGAGUGGAGGAAAGCCCUUUGGUACAGUCUCCUCUCCCCGUCUCUCUCCCUACCAACUCCUCACUAGUUCCCUCCAACCAAGGAGCCUCCAGAAAGAAUGGAGGAAGAAAUGCAUUCUUAGGGCAACUCACUAGGUUUUAACGAUUUGUUUCUCCUCUCCUCUCCCAGUCAGAGCUGACCCUACACACACCUGUCCCUCACUUGGGUUGAAGUCUCAUGGACAGUGGGCAGGGGUGUUAAAGGACAGGAGCGACCACUGCCCGUAUCCCCUCUUCUCCUUGUGACCCUCUGCCCUCCUAGGGAUUUGUGAGCCUUCUCCAGUGGUCCUUGCUCCCCUCCUUCUGGUCCUCUUCCCCCUACUGUCUGCUGCCCCUCCCUGGGGAGUUGGUGCUUUUUUUUUUUCCAGGGGGAGAGAGGAGAGGAAGGAGAGGAAUCAAAGACUGUUCUAAAGAGGGAGAACAGUGAGUUUGAGAAGAGACAGAAGCCGGGAAGGCAGAGGUUAUAUCUUCAUAAGAUAGGCUUGUUGGGGUUAGGCCCUAAACAUCGUCCUACUUUAGAGUCUGUCAAGGGGGGAAAAAGUCAAGGGGAUCAAAAGAAGGAGCCACUAGGGCCAGAGGCAGAAUAGGAGGUGGAAUCUUAGGGGGCCAGGGUAAUGGAGUGGAAAUGGGGACUAGAGGUGCUUCCUGGGGGCCAGGGAAAUGCAGCCACAGUGUCUCGCCCUUCCCUCUUCCACUCCAGCUCCAGCCCUGGUCUUUUCUUUUCAUCCUUUUACCCCGUGACAGAAGCUGUGGCCCUGGCCAUGUCAUCGUGUUCCUGUGUCCCCUGCAUGUUUCCCACCCUUCACUCCCUUUUGCGCGGGCCCCGUUACAAUAAAUUUUAAAUAAAAACCUGG